AUGCUUGUGCUUUUGUUUGUGUUCGUGCCUGGGAUUGGGCGAGGAGUAGUUGAGAGAGUGCAUCCCUCCUUCAACAGCGCCGACAACCUCAUCUCGCCGUAUCUACUUCCGCCACUCCGACCUAUCUCCUGCAUCCUCCUCCUCGCAAUAUGGAGGUGGGGUGCCAUUCGGGAGCGGGAAGAGGGCCUCGAGGCUGGCAUGAGAGAGGAAUUUGAUCUGUAUGCAUUGUGGAGGGAUAUUAGUGGGCUUGGAGGAAGUCCGGGCUCUGGAGGCGGUGGGUUUGCUAGUAGGAUCGUUAGGAAAGAUAUUGGAAGACGACUAAAAGAUAAUAUGAUUGAAAUUAGACUAGACCUUACACGUUCAAGCUCAAAACAAUACAUGCGAAUCUCGAACUCAAACUCUGGGUCGGGAUCGGGUCUGCAUUGGAGGAGGAGCAGCUGGGAGUGGACUGGGAAGGGGGAUGCUCCCGACAUCUUGGUAAUGAUAAGGGAGGCACCGCCAAAUGGAGAAUUUUCUGAGAAGUCUACGCAGAUCAGGUAUAGCUUCUCGUUUCCAGAUCGGCUCUCCCUCUCUAUUCGGUAUCCAAUGUCCGCCGCUCCAACCGCAAACCAAGUAACACUUACAGAAUACGACCUCAUCACUCCGGCGAAGAAGAGACACAAUUUAGCUCGAGUAUCAAAACACACCAAUUCACUUCAAUAUCAACACGAAACUCACGAAAUCAAGAUCACCGCCAGUGUCCCUCCUACAGGCCCGGUGUAUCUGAAUGGUACUAAGAAGGGUUUUCCGGGUGUGGUGUUUACAUGA